GCGUGUUCGUGGGAAAAGGGACCCUUCUUCCAUCCAAGGCACCGCUCAGGCGGUCUUUGCGCAAGCGUCAUCUGGUGCAGCUGCAUUCCUUGGACUUGGAGGGUCAAACGAUGACGAUGAAGAGGAGGAUGAAGAAGAAUCCUGGUCGGCGGGACUGGGAUUUGCACGAGUCCGCACCAAUAAGGACGAGUGGAAGGAUAUCAUGAAAUUCAUUCGUGCCGGAAUUCCACUAACAUGUCGGGCAAAGGUCUGGUUCGAAUGUAGUGGUGCGAUCGAAUUAUCAGAGCCUGGCACGUUCCGCGAUUUGGCUGCAGAAGCGGCCCGUAUACAUAAGCAAAUGAAGAGCGACCAAGGGAAACAUAUUGCGAUGGAAGAGGUUGAGAAAGACGUGACUCGAACCAUGCCAUUGAAUAGGGUCGGUGGUCUUGCCUCUACAGGGAUAAUGGAGUCCAUUUCGACGGUGCCCACCUUUGGAACGACACCGUUGACUACAAUAGGGGCUUUUUGA